AUGCAUAUACUCGGUCUCGUAAACGGCACACCGUCUGGAAACUCAGAGAUCCUACUCAAAGCUGCCUUGACAGCAGCUGCCGAGUCUGACUCUACCAUUACAACGUCAUGGAUACAUGUUCCUUCCAUUUCCAUACCGACGAAUCCAGCACCUCUGGAUAGCCCUGUUGGCUUCGACCUUGCUUCAAAACUCAAUGCCGCCUCUAACAAUGCGCCCGACGAUCGAGCUGCUGUCCGCGAAGCUAUCCUGGACGCUGAUGCAAUCAUUGUUUCUACACCUACGUACAGCCACCAACCUCCAGGAACAUUGAAACUCCUCAUGGACAGAAUUGGCGGACCAUCCCUCGACGUUACAUUUGGCAAAACAUUCAAUCCUGGCAAACUUGACCCACGACUAACAAAACCGCGAGUAUUGGGCUUUAUCGCAGUGGGAGGUUCUUCAACACCAGAUCAAUUUACCAUGGCUCUGCCCACUCUGCACUUGCUGUUUUAUGGUCUGCAUGCCAAGAUUGUAGAUCAAUUCAUCGGUCAGGAUUUGGGAUUAUCCGGAGCAGUGUGUUUACACGAUGAUCUUAUCGCACGGGCCAAGCGCAUGGGUCAGAAUAUCGCAAGUGAAUUGGGCAAACCGUACGACGAAGCAAAAUAUCUCGGCGACGAAGAAGUAGGCGCAUGUCCGCAUUGUCAUCUCUCCAAGAUCGAAUUCCUACCGGAGCAUGGCAAGAAUGCAAUCGGGUGCACGACCUGUGGUACUAGAGGCAAAUUGACUGUCAGCCAGGACGGCGGUAUAUUUCCGGUAUGGGAGGAAGACUCGAAAUGGAGUUGUUUGACUUGGGCGAGCAAGUUGCAGCAUUCGUACGAUAUUGUUAGUUGGGCCAAAAAGUAUGAGGCGAGGAAACCUGAAAUCACAAAGGGUCAGGAAGAGUGGAAGAAGGUUGUUGUUUCACAAGUGACUCUGCCUAGUCAGCAGAGGGCGGCCCUUUAA